AUGACAGUUCCUGGGGAGAAACUGGAUUUUAUAUUAACACUGUUUUCUGUGGAAAAGCCAGGCUCAAUUUCCAGGGUUUUGUGAACCUGUCUUUUGAGAGAUAGGGUAAGAUGGGUGAAAACUGGAAGAGGAAUCCUAGUCCCCAUCGUUCUCCAAAAGUUUCAUGCGUACAAGUUCCUCCAUCGGCUCAGGAUACCUACUUACUGAAGGACCUGAAGCGAGGCCAGAAAUGCUACCUCUAUAGCAUCAUGAGAGUUUACGACAGCAAACCUCUGAGGGAAAUGCUGUCCCAUCGGUACAGGCUCAAUCUCCAGCACCAAAAUUUGCUGGGUUACAUUACCGAGCAUGAAGUCAGGUCUUACGUCUCCUUCCUGGAUGAAGCUGCAGAGAAAGGAGAGGGGACGACCUCAGCUCGAAACAGCACCUCUCUGAAGUCCAGAGCUGGGAGAACUCAGCUGGCAUUAACAGGCUGCAGUUCAUAGAUUUUAAUGCCAGAAAAGAUCUCUGUGAUUGCCUAGCCUGACCUCUCAUAUAACAUAUGCCAGAGAACUCCCCAACCCCAACAAAUAAUCUCUGUUGGAACUAGAACCUCUCUUUUAGGAAAGGGUGAUGUUUAUUUAACUGUUUAAAUGUUGAUUUAAAAAUUUCCAAUGAUGGUAAAUCCACUAUAUCCCUUGAGAAAUUGUUCCAGUGGUUGCUCUCAGUGUUAAAAAAUUGUUCCUUGUUUACAAUUUGAAUUUGUUUAGCUUCAGCUUCUAGCCA